ACCCGCGCUGUCGGACCGGAAGUUGGGUCGCAUUUUCUCGUUGAUAGCGCGUUUAGUUAGUAUUAUCGCCAAUUGUAUUAUAUAAAGUAUUGUUCAAAUAUAUAAUUUGACUGUUACUUUUAAUUGCACUUGUACGAGUUGAAAUACAGCCCUCAAUAUGUUGAUUAAAGUUAAGACCCUCACAGGCAAAGAAAUAGAAAUCGACAUCGAGCCUACAGACAAGGUGGAGAGAAUCAAAGAGAGGGUGGAGGAAAAAGAGGGGAUCCCACCACAACAGCAAAGACUUAUCUACAGUGGAAAACAAAUGAAUGAUGAGAAAACAGCUGCCGACUACAAGAUUCAGGGAGGAUCUGUUCUGCAUUUAGUUCUGGCUCUGAGAGGAGGGGAAGACCUGCGCUGUCCCCGCAGCCAUAAUCUGUUUUGCUGUGCUUAGGCUUGUACAUUUGAGGAAUUCUGCUUAUGUCUAUAAGAACAAACAGCAGAUUUGCCAAAAGUGGACAUUUGGCUCUUAAGUCACUUUCAAAUUGUUGUAACUGCUGCUUAGCAUUCAUGUUUGAGAAAGUGUAAUGAUGAUGCGUUCUGAACAGUGUUUACAACCUAAAUGUGAAUUUAGGUGAAAUGUUUGAAGUUUGUUUUCCUGUUUUUCACGGCACGCAUCUGUGGUUCAACCCAACAUAAAGUCUUGCGCGGAGAAAGACGUUUUUACUUUUGCUUCAGAAUAGAUGCUGUGGUGCGUGUUUUAAGUGUCAACUGAAGGCGUUGUUCCCGACACUCUCAUCAUAUGUCAAUCAAAUACACAGAGUUUCCUAAAGGAUGAGUUUUAAUUUGAGCAAAAUAAUAGCGAGUUUGAAUGCAAUGUAUAAUACUACGUAUGUUUUAUUGUAUUGGGUUUGGAUGAGUUAUCAAUAAACAAUGGUUAAUUAUG